GAAAUUUUCGGCGUGAAGUUUUUGGAGGGGCGGUAACAACUAUCACAACCAUUUGUUCCCUUGCCUUUUUCAACUACACAAUACAUCGUCGCGAAGUUACUCGAGCUAGGUCUCAUCUGCCGUCAAGAUGAGAAUCGAGACGUGUUACUUCUGCAGUAGGCCCGCCUACCCGGGCAAGGGAAUAACAUUCUGCCGCAACGACGCUAAACAAUUUCGUUUCUGCCGAUCUAAAUGCCACAAAAACUUCGUCAUGAAGCGCAACCCGCGCAAACUAAAAUGGACAAAGGCCUUCCGAAAAGCAGCAGGCAAAGAAAUGACAGUCGACUCAACCCUACAAUUCGCCGCUCGUCGCAACGUCCCCGUACGCUACGACCGCGACCUCGUCACCAAGACUCUGCGCGCUAUGGACCGCGUCGCCGAGAUCCGACAGAAGCGCGAGCGCGUAUUCGCCAAGCGACGUCUAGCCGGCCGUCGGGCUCGCGAGUUAGCUUCUGAUCGCAAGUUAGUAGAAACGCACGGCCAUCUACUACCCAAGAUGCGCGGAAGCGAGAAGAGGAGAUUGGCGGAAGAACAGGGACUCGCGCCCGAGGAAAUCGAGGAGUUGGAACAGACUACGAAUAUGCCGAUGGAGAAGAGCCGCGUCUUUGGAAAGGAGAAGUUACGACAGAAGGUACGUGUCGAUGGAGGUGUCGAGAUUUUAGGUCAGGCUGUCGAGGGUAUGGAUAUGGACUCCGAUUAAGAGAGCUUAUCAUACGUGGGACGGCCUACAUAGUGGGAAGGUCAGGAACAUCACGAGAGGUGUAUAUGAUGGAGACGCCAGAAAAAAACCUACGGAUCGUGGCGUUCGCGCGUGGAUUGCUUGCCAUUUUAUCUCUUCUGCAUGUUUUGGCGUUGGUGGACUUAACCAUAGGUUUCUGGUUCCUUUCCGCAAAAUUAAAGACCUUGACACCCUCAAAUUUGACCGUGGGCGCCCAUGUGCUUCGGUUAGGUUGUCACGUGCUCAUCUGAUCAUGGUUUCACUUUUGUUGCUAUGGUGCAUAUUAGAGACUACGAUUAUAUUUACGGAACAUAUUGAGU